GUCGAUCGGCGCGCAAUUCUGUUUUUACAUGAUCAUAUUCUAAUUCACUUCAAGUUUUUUCCCUACACUAGUUCACAACCCCUUGACAGCUGACAAGUGCAUAGAAAACUUACUUUCUUCGGAAGAAAUCCUCCCUCUCAGUUCUACAGCAGGAGCAAAAAAGAAAUAAAGAAGAGGACAGGAUAAAGACCUCAGCCUGGAAAAUAACAUGUCGUUCAACGUUUCAUCCUUCUUUUCUCCUGCAGAGGAUACCUUCGUAAACAAGAGAAGCACGAAUAAAUCUUUCAGUUCGAAAAACCCAAAUAUGUUAUCCUCUCUGCCAGCAACUGCAGACGGUAGAAAUGAGCCCGAAACGGAUGAGGUCUAUGAACGUAGUGUUUACCCAGAAACAUCACUUGCUCAUAAUCUUUCAGCUACCCCGAUUUCACCGUACGUGCCAAUCAAAUCUCUGGUUGAAUCUCCCUUCAAAGCGUCACAUGCUCAUGCACAUUCAACACCACUGGUAGGCUCCUCGUCAUCAUACUACAAUAGUACAAAUGGAAUAAGAACUCAGACGCCUUUGAAACAGGACCCAAUGAAUGCAGAUUCAUUGUUGAAGAUGAAAAUAAAGGCCCAUCAGCAACAAUUCCAGGAUAACAUGAACGUCAUGCAAGCAGGAUUCAACCUUGCUGACAAGCAAGUGAGUGAAGAGACAUACCUCAAUUCUGCUUUUAAGCCUAGAAGAUCUACAGCAGAUGUAUCAAUGACUCACUUGAAAGACAUAGGGAGCCGCAAGCCUGGAGACCGUAUCAUCCCUAACGGCAAUAUAAGUCAAGGGAACACUAAUGGCAUGAAGCUUCCACUAGAACCUCUGCGGAUGCCAGGAUAUAACGAUAAUAUCAGUAAACACAUGUCUGACAGCAAGGGAAAUAUGUCGGUAUUACAGAAUCUGGAUGAUCCAUAUGUUGCAGAAGCAUUAGGAAGAAUCGUCAAUAAAGAACUCGAAAUGAGGAAACUGUUAUACGGAACGUUGACAUUUUUGAUUUACAGAUUUCUAAGAUCAAUUAUUAGAUUAUUCGUAUACACAAACCCAGUUCUUGCAAAGAGCCUAAGAGCUUUGUCCAAGUUGAUGAGGGAUUAUUCGAGUUCAAUUCAGAAUGAAAGACUAGCUUCCUUUGUCAAAUGGUUAUCUCAAUUGUUCACCUUUGAAAGUUUUCUGAGAGUAGGAUCAUAUAUCGAAUACAUGAUGAGCUUUAUACUUGGAACCAUGAUAGUUGCUACACUUUACAGGCUUUUGAAGCCACAAGACAAAUGUUUAGAUUUGCCUCUUACUAGAGCACAGAGAAAGAUCUUAGGGUUGACAACGGACAGUAACGACAAGUCAAUAGAGGGUCAAGAUUCAAAAGAGGGCGAUAACGUUGAGAACGAUGAUGAUGAAGAGGAAGCAAUACUGAAAAAACUGCUCUCAUCGUCACCACAGAGGAUAGAGAAACCUACCCGGGUUUUCAUGCCUGGCGAUCAAGGCAUAGAUGAUGUGAUGGGGUCUCUGAAUAGUCUUGCCAUUGGUAAUGCUAUGCACAAUGCAGCAAAUGUAACCUGGAGUUCUGGAAUGAUACCUAAGGCAAACAGCACGAGCCCAGGUAACAUGGAAAAUAUAAGGACUCAGCUAAGCCAAAGAAACGGCUCUGUAAUUGCAGAUCGGAAUUAUAGUGAUGGGCGGAACAGCAGGGACUAUCUCUCUCCCAAUGGGAAAUACAUGUUUGCGGUGAACAACGAAUUGAGACAGCAAGGCGGUUUUGGCGCCUCUAACUCCAGCUUUUACUGAUGUUAAAAAAACUUUAUGUAAUCAAUUACCUUGAAUAGUAUAAUGUUAAAAUUAUAAAACGAGCCAACCAACCGGCAAGGAAAUGU